UCCUUGGUUCAUAUAUUCGUACACGUGCCAUUAGUAAUUUGGUCAUUGAUCGCUGACGUGAAGUCGACAUGUUUUGAAUGAUUCGCAAGAUCUCAUUGAAAACUUUCCAGUAGAUAUGCAUCAAAAGACACCUUAGGAAUACAAACUCCACCGCACUCAAAUAGUUUUCACCAAGCGUACAAAGAAAAUUCGAAAAUUACGCCCGGUAUAAUUUAUGUUAAGAGAAUGAAAAACGAAAGGAAAAUUGAAUAGUUUCUUAAAAAAAAAAAAUUAAUUUCUCUCUGUACUUUAUUGGUGAUUGCCAUAAAACUCAUAAGCGCAUUAUUCUGAAAUCAACGUGUACGUUUCAUGCUCGUUUAUCAAAAACAUAACAGAAUAUAACACAACACUUUACGACGUGGCCCAAUCGAUGCAUCCUGAUGCAACGGCGAUUCCCUAUGGGAGGUGCGCUACGCAAAAUAAUCGUAGCUCACAGUAUCAAGGCAAUUUCCAUCGUAGUAACGCGUGAAUUUAUCGGUCGAUUGUUGACGCGCUGUUACAGCCCAGCGAUAAGAAAUGUGGAAUAUUCCCUCGAAUUUUACUACAUGGUAUUUUCUAGGAGACGCUAAUAGUCCAGGAAGGGGGCUCCGACCCUGACGAGGCACCCAUAUGCAUAUACUGCAUAUACUUACACAAUUUACAACCACGAUUAUACGCCUGAAAAUAAUAUCUAAAUUGCAUCUAAGCUAUUGUAAAAUAAUUUUCAUAUUUCCAUAUAUGAAACUUAAUAUACGCAGUUUCUACAAUUAAUCGUAACACCAAGUAAAGGAGAUCCACGAAAUUUCUUUAUCAUCAUUGCCAAGAAUAUGGCUCGUCAAUGACUUCAUACGUAGUACACCUAUCUCGAUUAUUCUAGUGAUAAUUGCCAUGCAGGAUACAUAUGAUCCAGAAUGUAACGAUACAUUUAAUACAAUUGAUACAUCGCGUGUCAAAUGACCUUGACAAUGCAAUAUGAAGGUAUAUGCACCUGUCGAACAAUGCCCCGUUUCCAUUACGGCCUCACGUCAUCGUCGAGUCAAGUUCGAGGGUAUCCACAAUUUGCCUGGCUUCGUAGAAGGUAUAAAUUUCGCAACCCACGUAAUUGCACCGAUAGUCCUACUCCAGCUUCCGACAUUGACUCUCAUCUUAAUCAUGGCCGUGCAUACUCGUGAAUCAGGAUCCGAGAAGAUCGACAGGCCAACAGACGAGCGCGCGAAUUUUGAAAAGGCGAUAAGUCUCUGCGGUUAUGGAAGAUUUCAUUAUGGGUUCGUGCUGCUAUGCGGAAUGAUCCUUGUCUGCGUGGGUUUCCAGAAUGGAGUUAGCGCGUACAUCUUGCCAUCGGCGGAAUGCGACCUGAGACUUACUUCCGAGGAAAAGGGAUUGCUAAAUGUGGCUUUCCUUCUGGGUGGGGUGCUGGGUUCUAUACUCUGGGGUGUCCUGUCUGAUGCAUAUGGCAGAAAGAACUUGCUUGUCGGAAGUCUACUUAUGGAUAGUAUUGUUAUGUUUAUUGGGAGUUUCUCUCAAAGCUUUAAGGUCCUACUUGUCUUUCGUGCUAUAAACGGCUUUACGAUCGGAUGUCCCGGUGCAUUAGUAUACACAUACGUGGGUGAAUUUCAUAAUGAAAAACGGAGGUCUAAGAGCGUUUGUUAUUUAGGAUUCUUUUGGACUGUCUCAUGGUUAAUACUACCAGGUUUGGCCUGGAUAUUAAUACCACUUCCAUUCAGAUUCGAAGGGUAUGGAAUUCUCUUUAAUUCUUGGAGACUGUUUUUGGCUGUAAUUGCCAUACCUACCUUCGUGGUGGCUCUGAUUGGGAUGCGAUAUCCCGAGAGUCCGGAAUUUUUGCUAUCCCGAGGAAAGCCGGAGGAAGCACUGAAGGUUCUACGAGAAAUUUAUGCCAUUAAUACUGGUCAUAGUCAGCACGACUAUCCUGUUAAUGCGCUAUUGGUGGAUGAAAAACAUAGCCACAAAAAGGAAGAACCCGUUGGUUCAUUAGGAGUCCUGUCGAGUUUGCUGACAAAAAUUUGGCAACAAAUCUGUGCCAUCACGUCCCCUCCUUUAUUAAAAUAUUCCAUUCUCUGCUGUACGAUAUAUUUUGCGAAUAUGUUUGGAUACUUCGGCUUAGGACUGUGGUUGCCUGAACUGUUCAACAGGUUUGAAACUUAUUACAAACUCCAUCCGAACAAGUCGGUUGCCGUUUGCGAAUUAAUAUCCAAUACAGAAGUCGAUCGACCUUUAGCACAAGCGAUAAUCAGUACCAUAAACGGAAAUACGUCUAACCACGAUUUACUGCUCGAAACAAUUCCAGCCUUGCCUGUAAUCUGUACAGGUAGCAUUGACGAGAGAGUUUUUAUUAAUACUUUAACAAUUAAUUCAGUUUGUCUACUUGGUAAUUUUAUUGCCGGUUAUCUAUCGGAUCGGGUUGGCCGACGGACGAUGCCAGUAACGACUAUGCUUCUGGCUGGAGUUUUUGGCUGUGCUAUCUAUCUAGUAAGAUCUGCUUCACAAAAUCUUAUAGUUGCCUGCCUCUAUUCUCUAUGUAUAACAACAGCGAAUAUAGUCCUGAAUAGCGUGGUGGUUGAUAUAUUCCCUACGGAAAUUGGUGCCAUCGCCAUUUGCCUUGUAACUUGUUUCGGAAGGUUAGGAGCCAUUGCGAGUAAUCUUAUUUUCGGUUUACUGCUCGAUAUCAGCUGUGAAGUACCCAUCUUUCUAGUCGGUGGUAUAAUCAUUCUUGGCGGUCUACUCGGAUUUCUACUUCCAUUAUCGACUGUAACAAGCAAACUAGACCAAGACAAUAGAAACGUACUGGCUUAGUAGAUAUAUAUGCAACACACUAAAAAUAGUAUGAAUUGCCAAGAAACAUUGUAAACUCUACCAGGUAUACAAUGCCGACCUGUUAUUUAAACAAUUUUCUACAUAUUUUACAUAUACUCGAAUAAUCAGUUCUCACAUGGCUGAUUUCAUAUUUCGGUAGUACUAAUUUGUAUAUAGAUAUUCUGAAGAACAAUGAUUAUGUUAUCAUAAAACUAAAAACAUAUCCGCAAGCUUUGCCACGCAGUAACAUAUGAAGUACACGAUUUCAUACUCGUUCCUAUGUAGAAUUAAGAUGUUGCAUUCUUCAAUAAAAAUCAUAAUGUUUUUCUCUC